GCUGCAUGGUAGUGUAUGCCUGGCUGUUUGGACUGGGACGCGGCAGUGCUGAAAUCAUAAGUCUGUUGUAUAGGGCUGCAUGUUCUGCUAUUAUUCUUGUGAGGAUUUCAGCAGGCUCUUGAAAGCAGGCUGAAGGGGCUGGGCUGAGAUACCUCCUAGAAGUUUGCCUCAUUCCACUACUUUGUCAUUGGGGCUUCUCUGGAUUAUAUGGAUAAAGAGUUGGACACAGAAAGGUAUUGCCAUUGGAUGAAAAGCAUAGGAUGGCCCCAAGAAAAUACUGAGACUAUAAGCUCGUAUUGAAAAGACUUCCUUUUGCAAUCUACUUACAUCCUCCACCUGGAAAAUGCAGACUUUACAAACAACCAGACUUGGCUAUAUUGGACUGUAUUGCCAACCAGGUCUCAGCAGAGAUGCCAGAUAAAACACCAGAGGGUACAGAAACCACAUCGCAGAAUGAAGGGACUAUCUUCGACUACAUGUCAAAAUAUAUACAGUACACCAAGUGGGUUUCCCAUUGAAGGAACUCCACAGCUAACCAUUGGCAACAGAUGACUACCACUUGCCACUGGAUUCUCUAACAUCUGUCACAGAACAUCCAAGUCCCAGAACGACAGGGGUGGAUCUAAACAGGACAAAUAGACAUUUACGUUAUUGUGGAAUCAAAAAUAUGGAGCUCUCAGACAGUGAUAGACCUGUUAGCUUUGGUUCAACUUCCUCAUCUGCCUCUUCCCGGGAUAGUCGCUGUUCAUUUGGGAGUCGGAUGACCUUAGCAUCAAACAGUCACAUGGGUUUGUUUCACCAGGAUAAGGAAGCUGGAGCCAUAAAACUAGACCUUGUUCCAUCCCGUCAGUUGUCAAAUGAUGAACUUCGGACUAACUAUAUCAGAGAACCGGGCCAUGGAAGUCCAAGGGAAAAAUACUCUGAUGAGAGAAGGACCAUACCAUGGAAAGAAUCCAAAGGAUCCGUCAAGAACUGUUCAAAAGCUGAAGUUGUGGAGCCCACCAGUCCAAAGCUCAUGUAUGUGGAUAGAGUGGUCCAAGAAAUCCUCCAAACUGAGAGGACAUAUGUACAAGACUUGAAAAGCAUUGUUGAGGAUUAUCUCAACUGCAUCUCCGAUCAAACAAGACUUUCCUUAGGAGCAGAAGAGCGAUCAGCACUGUUUGGAAAUAUACGUGAUAUAUACAACUUUAACAGUGAACUUCUCCAAGAGCUAGAAAACUGUGACAAUGACCCAGUUGCAAUUGCAGAAUGUUUUGUGUCAAAGAGUGAAGAAUUUCAUAUCUACACACAGUACUGCACCAAUUAUCCAAGGUCUGUGGCUGUGCUGACGGAGUGCAUGAGAAACAAGAUCCUUGCAAAAUUCUUCAGAGAAAGACAAGAAGUCCUACAACAUAGCCUUCCUUUGGGGUCCUACCUUUUAAAACCUGUUCAAAGGAUCCUCAAGUACCAUCUGCUGCUGCAUGAAAUAUCCAACCACCUGGACAAGGAUACAGAAGGGUAUGAUGUUGUCCUUGAUGCAAUUGACACAAUGCAGCGGGUUGCAUGGCAUAUUAAUGACAUGAAGAGGAAACAUGAACAUGACAUCAGACUUCAGGAAAUUCAGAGCCUGCUUACUAACUGGAAAGGACCAGACCUGACAAGUUAUGGAGAGCUAGUUUUGGAGGGCACAUUUCGUUUUCAACGAGCCAAGAACGAACGCACUUUGUUCCUGUUUGACAGGCUGCUCCUCAUCACAAAGAAAAGAGAUGACUCUUACACAUACAAAGCCCAUAUCCUGUGUUGCAAUCUAAUGCUGGUGGAAGUAAUUCCUAAGGAACCGCUCAGCUUUAGCGUCUUUCAUUACAAGAACCCAAAGCUCCAACAUACAGUGCAGGCCAAGUCUCUGCAGGACAAGCGACUGUGGAUUCUACACUUGAAGAGAUUAAUUCUCGAAAAUCACCCAGCUAAAAUACCAGCAAAGGCAAAGCAAGCAAUUUUGGAAAUGGAUGCUAUCCAUCAUCCAGGAUUUUCUUACACUACAGAUGGAGAGAAAAAAACUACACCAAAUGUAAAAGAAGAACCUACCCCAGGCAGAGUCCGGAGAAAGUCUGAACCAUUAUCCAAUGUACAUAAAGUCAUGAAACCAAAUGACAUGAGUCUUGACGUACAAAAGCGCAUCAGCAUGCAGGGCAAUUUGCUAUGUCAAGCGGCUAAACUAGGAUCAAGGGAUAUGCUUCUGAGCCCAGGAAUGAGAAAGGCAGUGCUCUCUCACAGUACUGAUAUAUGCAACUCGCCAGAUUUCUUCCACCAUACCUAUAAAAAUGAAAAAUUACAUCUUGGACCAGGAGAACAGACUGACGCUGAUGAUGAAGAGGAUUCUGACCUGCAUGGUUCUCAUCACAAGGUUAAAGGAGGAAGAAAGAGGUUGAACAGCCAAGCCGCAGAAAAUGUUGAGAAACGUAGAAGCAUUAACCUCAGCUUAUGUGACAGUCAGAACUCAAAAGACCAGUCAGAUGAAGAGUCUUCACAAUCAAGUACACUGUUUUCAAGUUCUGCUGUUCAUCCUUUGGACAGACAGCAAAGUGUGUCCCAAACUAGCUCUUUAAUUAUGAAUAUCCUUGGGAAUACUACUGCUCUGCGAAAUAUUUGGACAGAUCACCAAAUUAGACAAGCCCUCUUUCCCUCUAGAAGAUCGCCUCACGACAAUGAAGAUGACGACGAUGAUUAUCAAAUGUUUAUGAUGAAUGAAUGUUCUAGGCUAGAGUCAUCAAGGUCCCAAGAAGAAAGAGGUGCCUCCAGUCGACCAUGUAGUUGGCACCUGGGCUUAAUGCAAGAAGACACUGUCAAUAAUUCCUACUGCAAAAUUGUCAGAAGAGCCAGUAGUGUAGGAGAGAAUAAAACACGUUCUUGUAAUUUGAGAAGUAGGCAGACUAACAGCAGUCACCAGUUUUCUCAUUGUGAUAUUUUAAAUAAAUCUGAUCAAAAGUUUUCUUCCCUUGGUUCCUCUGAGGAGUUGACAAAUGACGAUAUUGAACAUGUCUACGAUAAUAUCAGUUAUGAUGAUCUCAAGCUAAUGGGUCUCACAAGAAGGGAAGAAACUGAUUACCUUCACAAUCCUAGACGUGAUACUGACCAUCAAAGUAAGAUCAACACUGAUGUUUGGACAGUAAAAGGACAUGAAAAGGCUAACAGCACUUCAGUGCCAAACAGAGAUAAAGCAAUGUAUAGAAAAGGAACGCCUAAUUCUAGUUCUCAAGAGCUCAGAAUAAUAGAGGAAAAUAUUUAUGACUCCAUAUGCAUUCCAGAACAAUCACUGGAGCAUAUAACAAGGAAAUCACAUUCUAAAAGAAAUAACUUUUUAGGCUUAGAUGGAGAUUUUCAGUGUUUUGACCAGCUAGAGAAUUUUGUUUCUGAAGAAAGUCUACAGUUCAGUGAGGAUGAAUCUAUGGACCACCGUGUGCCAUUAGGAGAUAACUAUAAUCAUUUACUCAACAAUUCCUCAAACUCAAGUUCAGUUCCUCACAAAACAACUGCUGACAAGUUGUCUGAAGAAGUAGACGAGAUCUGGAAUGACUUGGAAAAUUAUAUAAAAAAGAAUGAAGAAAAGAAAAGUGACAGAUCGUUGGCUUCCUUUCCUGUGAGUAAAGAUGAUGUCCGUGAAAAGAAACAUACAGUGAACAGGUCUCAUUUUAGCAAAGGAUCACAGUUUUCAAUAUCAUCAUUAUGUUUACCAGAUAAUUCAACUCUACCAAGGACAACAGUAAGCAACAGUCCAAAUGUCCGGAAAAAGGACCCAAGCCCUUCAACCUCCCCCACCACUUCCUUGCUAAGUUUGAAGAGAACGUCCCUUACUGGUGAAAUGACAUUUAUAGAAUCCCCUUUUUUUUCAUCCCAAAGUACCUUAUCUUACACAGAUUCCAUGAAUGCUGCUCAGGGAUUGGACAGCAUUGAAAAAUCCAAAAAUAAGGUCUUUCUGAUGGCUCGACAAUACAGUCAAAAAAUUAAAAAAGCUAACCAACUUUUGAAAAUCAAAAGCCCAGAACAGGAACAACAAUCUUCUAAAUCACACAAGCUGAAAUCAAAAGACCUUGCAGCUAUAAUGGAAGAGAAGAAACAAGGAGGAGCAGCAAUAGGAGCAAGGAUUGCAGAAUAUUCUCAGCUGUAUGACCAGAUUAUCUUCCGAGAAUCACCAGCAAGAACGUCUAAAGAAUCUAAAACAAGUCGAAAAGACUCACUUGCACUUAGAACAGAACAUGAUCACCAACAAGCUCACCCAGGUGCUCCAAGGAGUAAAGCAUGCCAGCAAAGUAACACAAGUGUGAAUUCUGUGCACAUCAAUGGAGAUGCUGAUUUUUUUACCUGGCCUGAUAUAAAAGACUUUAAGGAAAAAUCUGACAUUCCAUCAAAUGGGCAGAAAGGCCAGCAAAGAAAUAUGAUUUCUGCAUGCUCUGUUCCAUCCUUGGUUAAAUCUAGUCAAUCAAGCCUACAUAAUCAGAGAUGGAGUACAAUUAGUCAAGAGCAUGAUGAAAAUGCAAGUCAGGGGCAAGCGUUUCAUUCCUUGGGCAGACGAAUAGUCAAUGAAAAAACGCAGCCAUAUAUUCGCUCACAGUCCUCAUCCUCCAUGUUAAUUCACAGGACAAAAGAGCCCAUCAAACCGACUAAAACUUCUACUUCACCACAGCCUCUAAAGCCUAAGCGAUUGUCCGAUAUCUAUGACUUUGGUGGCAGUUACAUUGAGGAGAAUAGGCAUUCAGAAGAGAGUUCUGAUAUGACGUUGCAAGACUCUCAGAAGAUAUUGGUGUUAAACAAGCUCUCCUCUCUUAAUGCUCAAAUUGCUACUCUGAACUAUUUAGCAAACUUUAAAGACACUGAUGGUGCUGGUGAUGGAGAUGAUGACGAAGAUGACUACGUGGAGAUCAAGUCAGAAGAUGAAGAUGAUGAGCUGGAGGUUGCUUCCAACCAGCCAAUGAAACUUCAUAUGCGUGGUCAUUCUGAACUUGUUCAAACUCCAUGUAGCACCAGUACCCCAUAUUCCUUUAGUAUGCCCACUACUCCUGUAAAGUCUCUAGAUGAGAAGCAAACACCUGAUGAUAUAGCGGGUUAUGAUGAAGUUGGUAAACUCAAUGACUAUCUUUGGAGGGCGCCACCUUCCAAUCAGCAGAAUAUCGUCCAAUCUCUUAGGGAAAAAUUUCAAUGUCUUAGCUCAAGUAGUUUUGCUUGAACAUAUUAUUUUUUUCUUAUUUUAGAGAAAUGGAAAGUACUGUAGCUACUGUAUUACAGCAUAAUAAUGUCAUGCACUGGAGUACUGCAGCACUAUUAACGGAAGGCAUUUGUUCCAUUGUAUAGUUUACAUAUGACACCAAGUAAAUGUGUGCAUUCUCCAGAAUGGGUAUAAUUCAUAAUUUUCUAACUAAUUAGUAAAACGGCUAGUAAUAUGAUUUAUGCAAUUUACGUAUUUCUCAAAGUAACGGACUUGCAUAAGGAUUGCUAUAAAGCACAAUGUAAACAAGACUUAAGUUGGAUGGAUGAUAAUACUAGUUCAUCAGACAAUUCAAUGAUCUAUAGAGCUGUAUGACCCAUCACCCAAGCUGAUAUUCAAUUUUCUUAUUCAUGCUGGUUAGAUGUUCUAAUCCAUUUAGAAUGAUGUAUAUGUAACUCAGAUAAACCCCAGCAACCCUUAGGGUACGACUACAUGGCACGGUCGUGGGGUGUUUUGGAUAUGGCCGUGCUGUGGUCGAGUAAUGCUAAACUAAUGAGACCGCACUGUUCAGUUGGUCUGCAUUGUUAACAUAGCGUGAUAUUAAAUGUGCCCAGUGGCCAUUAACAAUGCAGGCCGAGUAUACAGUGCGGUCUUCAUCAGUUAAAUAAGAGGCAGCUACAGCCUAAUUUGCUGCACAGUACUUGUCCUGCAGCACAGCCGCAUCCUGAACACCCCACAACCGCACCGUGAGGUCGUACCCUUAGAAUGGUGCAUCAAGGUUCAAGAAUGUUAAUGAAGUGGAAUGCCACAAAUAUGGAGGUAUAAAAUGUACAAUAUAUAGUACUAGGUUGUUUGUCCACAGUCACAUUUUCUGCCAUUUUCAUUGGAAGAUCAUCCAUUUGAAAAGGCGGUAAUCAGAGAGCCAGGAUCCCUCCCAUUGUUCUGAUUAAAGGGUCUUUAUACUUGUUUUCUGCUGAUAGCAGGACAAUUAAGACCACCCUUCACUGAACCGAUGCCUAGGAGAAGCGUUCACAAACCAUUUUCUAAAACAAAUGUAUUUUUCGGAUAUAAGUGGGAGUUCUGGCUCCUGAACUUCAUUGCUAUGAUCUUCUGGUGCCUGAUACCUGAAAAAUCAGAUGGAGAAGAUAUGAAGAGCCACUCCAUUAUCAUUAGGCCUCAUGCAGAUGAUUGGAAUUUUCAUCUGUGUGCUAUUUGCAUAUUUUGUGGACAGCACAAUGACCCAAUCCUUUCUAUGGGGCUUUGCACACACGUCAGUGUGAAGAGGA